GAGGGUUGGGGAGCCCCCAAGGAAGUCAGGGUGUACGGGAGUCUCAGGACCCUCAGGCAGUGGUGACCGCUUGUCAGCCAGGGCCCUCUCUGCCCCGCCUCAUGCCGGCGGGGGCCGCGCCAGGCACCCCGAGAUGAAGCGAGCCGGGGUGCUGCGGCAGGUCUCCGACUUCAGCGACUUCGUGAGUGGGCGACGCCUGCGGGAGCUGCUGAGCCAGCGUGGGCCGGGCGAGGCACCCCGCCACGUCCAAACCAGCCCGGAUGGGCAGCACCUCCUGCUGCUCCUGCGCGGUCGGCCCAUGCUCCAGCCGCAGGUGCUCGCCUUCCAGCGCCUGGGCACCGGCGCAGGGGACCUGGAGAGGAGCUGGCAGCCGCCCCAGCCCCCCAUCACGGGGCUGCUCUUCCUGCAGAGCCCCGCAGCGCUGACCUCCUGGGUGCUGGCCGUCGUCUGGGAGCAGGGCAGGACAGAGGUCUGGGGGUUCGUGCCAGCGCUGGGCUGGCAGCUGCAGCAGACCCUGGAGCUGUGCCAUGGGGCCCGGGCUCGCAUCGUUUCCAUCUGCAGCCAGGGAAGCAGCCUGGUCUGGUGUGAGGAGAGGCCCCCCUCGGACGCUCAUCUGGACCCAGGCAGGGGGGCCUUCAGGUACUGCAUCUGCACCAGGGCUCUGGAGGUGGGGGAGCAGGGGGCGCACCUGGGCGCCAUGAGGAUAGUGGUGCACAAUAGCCCCCAGUACCAAGUCCUGGCCUCACCCCAGCACGUCUUCCUGGUGCCCACCGGUGCCACCUUUGCCAGCAUCUCCACGUUCCUGCUCAUCUGGUGCCCCCGGGAGGCUAAAGUCACCAUUGUGGCCCCGUCUGGCAGGUUCGUCCACAGUGAAGUCCUGCACUCCAGUGACUUCAAGAAGCUCGUGUUUGGGUCCGUGGGUCUCCUGCUGCCCGUGGCCCCUCUGGACAUUCAUACUUGUGCCCUGUCCAGCUGCGGGGGGCUCCUGGUGCUUAGCACCCAAGGCACGGUGCAUCUGGUUCAGCCAGACGGGACCUGGAGACACGUCUAUGAUCUGGGGGGCAGCUGCCUGGCCCAAGGAGACCCCGUGCCGCUAAAGGCCUUUGGCAGCACCCUGACCUGUGUGCUGGCGGGGGUCUUGUAUCUCAUUGACUUGACCAGUGGGAGGCUGAUUGAGAAAAAACUCCUGAGCACCAGAGAGGUGCAUUUCCUGGAGUCCCCAAGCAGGGAGGAGGAGAUCCAGCUCCUCACCCCAACCGGUAUCUAUUGCUUCGGCUUCUCCAGCCCGGAGGAGGGCGGCAGGCCUGAGCCCACCCUGGUGGAGAUGGUCUUUGAGGAAGCCUGCAAGUACUACCAAAGGCGGAGCCUCAGCAGCUCCCAGCUGACGGUGGAGAAGCUGAAGAAGGGGGACAUGUUCCAGGCCCCCAUUGCUCUCUCCUCCAUCCUGCAGCACAGCCUCCCCCGUAAGGAGAGGGCAGCCAAAGGCCUCCCGGAGACCUACGCCAAACUGCUGAGCACGCUGAGCACGGAUCUCCAGAGCUAUCUGAGCCUGGAGCUUCUCAAGUCCUGCCUCGUGGGCGCUUCGGAGAGCCAAGUCGACAGGUGCUGCGAGGAGCUGGUGGAGCAGGAGGUCAGCCGCCUCCUGCGCUUGGACUUGGACAGGGAGAACCUGGCCUAUCUGAACGCUGUCUUCAAUUCCUUCCCCAAGGCCUCCUGGAAAGCCAUCCGCAGCAGCCUGCAGCUGCAGCAGAAUGGAGAUGGGCUCUUGGUGGCCAGGGCCACCUCAGACCUCUGGAAGAAGGUCUUGGGGGGGCCAGUCCCUAACUGGUCCCAGCAGGAGGAGAUGGGCCUCAAUGGGGUGGUCCCGCUCUUCGAGCUCAUCUGCGGCUCCCUGCACAGGUUCAAGCCCAAGUGGCUGCCCAGCUUUGUGGAGCUGACCCAGCAAUACGUUGGGGCCUCCUGGACGUACAGCACCAAAGAGGGCCCCGAGGGCGGGGUGCCCCUCUACAAGAGAGCACUGGCCGUUCUCGACAGGCAGCGCCUCCGCACGGCCAGCGACCGCGAGCUGGAGAUCGAGCUGCUGCUGUGCAGCGCGCGGCCCAAAGCCGUCCUGCAAGCCGUGCAGCUGCUCAUCCACCUCCGCUGGUGGCAGCGGGUGGUGGAGGCGGCCGAGAAGUUUUCCAAGUUCAGCCCGCUGCUCAACAAGGAGAUCUUCACCACCCUCCUGGCGCAGUUUGCCCAGCACAGGGACCUGGACCCGUACCUGGCCGCCCUGUGGGAGCUGUGCCCUGCAGACCUGACUGUCUCGGACAUUCUCAGCAUCGUCCUGCAGCACCUCCCCAGCUCGGAGGGCGACCCUGCUCCCUUCUGUGCCGGGGGGGCCCCGCUGACCCUGGCCUUGCUGAAGCCGCUGUUGCACAAGGUGGCGCAGCACCAGUGCACUCAGGACGAACUCUAUGCCGACAACUUGCAGGGCCCUCCCUUCCCACCGCCUGCCCCGCCGAGACAGCACAGGGCUGGCCCCAAGGCAGCCCCAGAAAUGCUGCAGCAGGCGGGAGCGUGCAGGACUCCUUUCCCGGGCUGUAACCUGAGCGACGCUGUAUGAAAAGCCGUGUGUACAGAUUGGGAGCGAAAACCUAGCGAGCGGGGGUAGGGGCAGCAAACGCCAGCCUCCCCCCACUUCCAAAGGCAGAGACCAACUCUAGUUACACCUUCCUGCCUCAAACAACCUCCUGAGAGAGUGCACGGUGCAUGAGUCAGCGGGGGGAGGAUCACUGGGGUGACUGGGGGGGUUUUACAGCUGAGGCAGUUCCCCAGCGAAGGAGCGGUGUGUGAGAGCAAGAGAGAGCACUGACUGCACGUGAGAGCCCCCUCUCCUGGCCUUUGAGCUAAACGCUGGCUUCCUGCCCUCUAGAAAUGGAGCCUGGGGGAUAAAGUACAAAGUCUUAAUCCAAAUUCCCGUUUCAUUUGUCCUGUGACUUGCCCACGGCCAGGCACGCCCCUUCGCAACACGGGAUCACGGGGGAUGAACCUGCUCACGCGGGCACUGCUGGCCUGGACCCAGUCUCUAAAACCUCCCCAUUGGGGCUAUGUCCUGCGCCUGAGCCCCGGACUGGCCGGUCCCUGGGACCUCUGCCUGGGCCUCCAAGGAUGGAGGUGUCCCUGAGCCAUCUGUUUACCACCUUGCUAGUUUGUCCCUCCCCCAUGGGAUCAGCUGCCCUGGGUGGGGGAAUGGCCGAUCCCCUUAUGAAACCACAGCAAAGGAGUGAGCUCCGUCUGCAUCCCAGCCUGGCCUAAAACCGACCGUGCUAGCGCUGCCCUGCUCGGGCUUAGGCCUGGGGCCGGCAGCUUGGCCCCGGCUGUCCCCUUCCUGUUGUGUCUGUCGCACAGGAGGCAAACUUAGACCUGGCCUGUCCUUUUCUGUUCCCAGCCCUUCUACCUUUGCCCGGGGCUCUAACCUUAUCUCAGCCUUCUGAGAAACAAAAGAUGCUGUGUCCGGGCUGUCUGGCCCUUCCCCGGCCUGCCCCCCUCUCCUUUGCUGGCUAAGUCAGGGUACAGGGGUCUGGUCCCGCUCCUGCCCAGGUUCCUUCUCUCCCGGGGGGAUGCCAGACGCUGGUAGGCUCGGGGCACGGCUGGCUGGAGGGGCGAGUGACUGGAGACCUGGCCGCGCUCACAGCCCCUGUUUGAGGCUGGGCUGGGGGAAGCGCGUCUGGUUUGCUCCUCCCCAGGGGGGUUGUUUUUUAAGUGUGUGAGGAAACAUUUUAAAGAAACCUAAACUGCCCGAGGGUUCGUUUUAAACGUGAAGGGUCCUGGGGCGGUGCUUGGUUUAACGGCAGCUGAGCGUGGCCGUGCACCUAUUUAAGCGGGGAGAGGGGGCCUGGCUGUCUGGGUGCAGAGCCCCGGGGGCUCCCACGUGCUCCAGCUGGGGUCGGCCGCGCUCAGCCCUGCUGACUGACUGCACAGGCUGGGAGCAUGCACAAGGGUUUGUGUGGGUCAGCGUGAGGUGGGGGCUGCCGGCCGGCCGGUUUCUGGAGGAGGGAGGCAUGGGGAGCUGGCUGGAGCUAACGCCUCCAGCCCAGAUCCCCACCGGUGGCGCUGUCCGCGCUCUGGGCACCCCAGGUAAUCGCUGGCAGCUUGUCGGGUGCUAGCCCUUGGCCAGGGCGGAGCUUUCCUGAGGGCUGCAUGUGUCACACACUGAGGGGUGGGGGUCGCUGCAGCCAGCCCCACCCCAGACGGAGCCGGGAGGUCGCACGGGUCGGAUGCAAUCAGCUAGACUCCAGUGCUGGGCUCCCUGGGGUUGCCGGGUCUAGAGGCAGCCCCUGCAGGCAGUCAGCGGUGCUCAGGCGUUGGGCUGGCAGGGGGCUAUUUAUAGGUCACGGGGAGGGGAGGGGUCUUUGUGACUGCCCGUCCCCCUCUGUGUGGGGGUCUAGCGCGGAGCCCGUCUGUGGGGCAGCCCCCUAAGCUGUAGAGCUGCCUGCGGGUCCCUGGUCCCGUCUGUGUUAAAGCUCAGGAGUGGGAGGUGGGUGCUUUGGGGCUUGUCUCCACCAGAGCCCUUCACCUUGACUUACCUGAUCCCAUGGGUGAGCACAUUAAACCAAGGGCUCAAGCCGUAGUGUAGACGGCUCUCUGGGGUGGAGGAGGCCGUGUGACUUCCAAAACAGAGAGGAGCUGUACCUGCCUAGCCCCUUCUGCCCUCAUUACUGUGCCUUACGCCCCAGGCCCUGGAGCACGAAGGGGCUUUGCUACCUCGGGUAGCUGCUGGGCCGGCGACUGCAGCUGCUCCCUGGCCGAGUGAAGCUGGUGGUGUAAGGGGUGGGGGGUCGGGGAAGGGGCUGCUCCGGGGACCAGCUCAGCUCCCUGCCUACCCAGCUGCCGCUGCGGGGCGGCCAGCAGGCCCUACCUCUGCUAGAUUUCCAGCGAGUGUCAUUAACCCGCCGCUGGCAAACAUCGCUCUCUGUCGAGAGAAAAGAGUUUGAGGCUGAGUUGGGCGGAUCUGUUUGCACAAGGGAGGAGUCUUAAUGCGAUUGUUGGCUUUGCAUGCCACUGUCCAGUUGCUGUUGUCCUGUAUGCAAUAUUAAAAGGUGUUUAACGAG